UAUACAAAAACACAUUGAUCGAUGACAAACAACCUUAUUUGUGGGCGAACUGGAGCUCGGCAUAGGCGGAGUGCAGUUUCACGACUUGGUUGAGACCCUCCUUGGUUCCACGGAGGAUAGUUGAGAGAAACGCAAACAGCUCGUAUAAAUCAAGCGUCUUUCUCUUUGAGGAACGCACAUAUUCAAGUAACCCAAGCACAUCGCUCAGAGUGACAAUCAUGGACCUCUCAAAACUCACCAAAAAGACGCUCGACGUCUCGCGCGGCUUCUCAUACACGUAUUACACUACUCCCGCCCAGGGCUCCCAGCCGACACUCAUCCUCUUCCACGGCUGGCCAGACACGGCCCGUCUAUGGGCGGGCCUCAUCAAUGACCACCUCCUUCCCCUCGGCUAUGGUGUCGUUGCUCUAGACGGUCUUGGAUACGGCGAGUCUUCCAAGCCGAUCGACCCGAGGGUAUACGCAUGCGACGGUCUCGCAGCUGAUGCUGUGGAAAUACUCGACGCAGAAGGCCUCAAAAAGGUGGUCUCGUUUGGCCAUGAUUGGGGCUCCAUGAUUGCCCAGCGGCUGUACAACUUCCACCCCGAACGCGUCUGCGGCCUCGUCACGCUCAAUGUUUCGUACAGUGCGCCCACCGGCCACUUCGACCUCGACAUGGUUAACGCGCAGACUAAGAAGCUGUUCGGCCUCGGCACCUUUGAGUACUGGCACUUCUUUACUGCCGACGACGGCGUGGAGAUCAUGAACCGCAACCUUGAGUCCGUCUACGCCGCCGCCUUUGGCGAGCCUGAGACCUGGCUCGAUACGUUCUGCAGUCCCGGCGGGACGCGCCGAUUCGUUAGCGAGGGCCGCACGCAGCCGACGCUGCCGUUCGCGACUGCCGAGCACAAGGCAGACUUCAUGGGGCGUUUCAGCAAAGCCGGCGAUGGCGGGUUCGCCGCGCCGAGUUGCAUGUACUCGGCCAUGCGCACAGGCGUGCAGGCCGAGGCGGACAGAAAAAUAGCCGAGGAGGCCAAGACGGUCAGAGUGCCGGUGUUGUACUGGGGUGGAAAACGGGAUUUCGUGUGCAGGCCAGAGAUUUUGCAGCUGAGCAUCGAUGCUGGGCUGCUGCCUGAUGUGAAGAGUGUCACCAGGGACGGUGGACACUGGGCCCUUCUCGAGAAGCCCGAUGAGUUUGGUCAGGAUGUUUUGAAGUGGUUGCAGGAGACUUUCGAAUAGGGUCUGUCUACCUGUCUACAACACACUCAACAGGGUGACGAUUAUGUCAUCCAAUGCUCCAUAAAGUCACAAAACCAGAAAAAAAGUAGUGUACAACCCGAUGGUGAGUUGAC